AUGACCCGAGCGACAAUGUCCAGGCCGCCGCUGUCUCGAAGCAGGAGCUUCCGGCUGCGAAGGAGGGCGGCGUUGGCUGGUGUGGGGCCAGGGGUCGAGUUGUUGGAUUUGCUGUUGGAAAUGCCAUAUUGGGUCGUCUGGUCGGUGUGGAACGCAUUGUUAAGCACGGAAAGCACGACAUCGGUCAACGUCACGAUGGGCAUGAACUUGAUUGAGCGGAACAUGUCGUCCGUGCGCAAGAGGGCUUCGGCUUGUGGGACGAGGGAGCCGCCAGAAGUGGUGCCGCCGUCGCCCAGACGUCGCGACGAUGACUUUUUCCGCAACAACGCUCGCUUCUUGGGGGCAUCGCCGUCCAGUGUGACAAUAUCAGCUGUCGCGUGGCUGAGCGUCCAUGAUGUACCGCUGGCCAGCUGCAGCACUUGGAGCAGCUUUGAAAACGCUUUGCUGGUCAACCCUUCGCAGUUCUCCGUGUCGAGCGUGACAAAGUACAACAGCGUCAUCAUGCAGUAG